AUGGGAAUUAAAUUCUCUAAAACAUUGAAAAAAAGUAAACCCUUACCUUCAAUAAAUAUUCAAGAAAAUCCUGAUUUUAAAUAUAUUAAUGGUAGAAGAUAUCAUAAUGUUGAAAAUGUGAAAUAUCCUCUUCCAAAUGAUGAUGAAGAAUUGGAUAGGUUACAUCAACAACAUUUUCUACUUCGAUACGUUUGGCAGAGAAAUUUCGCAGCGCCCGUCAAACAUGUUUUGAAUCAAAAUGGCUCAAAAGUUCUUGAUGUUGGAUUCUUGUGUGCAGCAAUUCCUAAAGAAAGUUGGCCUGAUGUUAUCAAAGAAUUGACUAGAGUUUUGAAACCGGGAGGAUAUCUGGAGUUAGUGGAAAUUAAUAUUAUACCUCUUCAAAUGGGUCCCGUUACAAGCCAAUUGUUCAAUGCAGUUGAUAAAAUGUUCCAACUAAAAGGUUUCGAUACACAAAUAGUUUGCAAAUUGCAACCAUAUUUUGAACAACAAGAAAAUCUUGAAAAAAUUUCAGAAGAAAAGAAUCGGUUACCAUAUGGUCCCGAAACUGGCAAACUAGGUCAAGCGGCUGUAGAAAAUUGCAGGCUUACAUUUUCUCAUGCAAAGCCUUUUUUGCAGGAAGUUUUGAAGAUAAGUUCAGAGGAAUUUGAUAAUAAUCUGGAUAUUUCAAUUAAAGAAUUCCGUAAGUUUGAUACUUAUCACGACACUUGUUCCGUUUAUGCAAGAAAAGAAGGAAAUUAUUGA